GCUGAGAGGGAGGCGGGCUGCGGCGCGGAGAAGGAACAAAGCGCCGGGACUGCCAGGUGGCGAGGGGCUGCCCGCGGCCAUGGGGGUGCAGGACCGGCCCCAGUGCUUCUUCGAGAUAGAAAUCAACCGGGAGCCAGUUGGUCGAAUCAUGUUUCAGCUCUUCUCAGACAUAUGUCCGAAGACUUGCAAAAACUUCCUUUGCUUGUGCUCAGGUGAAAAAGGAAUUGGCAAAACAACUGGAAAGAAGCUGUGUUACAAAGGCACCACCUUCCAUCGUGUGGUUAAAAACUUCAUGAUUCAGGGUGGGGACUUCAGCGAAGGUAAUGGAAAAGGAGGUGAAUCUAUUUAUGGUGGCUAUUUUAAAGAUGAAAACUUUAUUCUCAAACAUGACAGAGCGUUCCUUUUGUCAAUGGCAAACCGAGGGAAACAUACCAAUGGUUCCCAAUUUUUCAUAACAACAAAACCUGCUCCUCAUCUCGAUGGUGUCCAUGUUGUCUUUGGACUGGUUAUUUCUGGGUUUGAAGUAAUAGAACAAAUAGAAAACCUGAAAACUGAUACUGCAAGUAGACCCUAUGCAGAUGUACGAGUUAUUGACUGUGGGGUGCUUGUUACCAAACCAGCAAAAGAUGCUUUGGAGAAGAAGAAGAAAGUCUGUUCUGACUCGGAAGCUUCAGACUCCUCCUCCAGUGCAUCGAGCUCUUCAGAAACUUCAUCUGAAAGUGAAGCUGAAAAUGAAAGAAGCAGAAGGAGAAAGCGCAAAAGAAGAGCUAAAACCAAACAGUCAAGGAAACGAAGAAAGGAAGAGAGGAAGAAAGAGGAUCCAAGGUGCAAACGAACCUCCAGCCAAAGACGCAGCCUUUCUGACAAGAGUGAUAAAACAGAAAAGGCAGUUGAUGUUGGCACCAAGAGGGACAAACCUGUGGUACGUCCUGAAGAGAUUCCCCCGGUGCCUGAAAACAGGUUUUUGCUCAGAAGGGACGUGCCUGUUGUCAACGUAGAACCUGAACCGAAGCUUCUUGAUGCCACACCAGUUCUGACUGAGCAGAAGCCAUCAGUCUCUAAAUCUGGACGAAAAAUUAAAGGAAGAGGCACAAUACGAUAUCACACCCCACCUCGAUCCCGGUCGUGUUCCGAAUCCGAUGACGACGAGAGCAGCGAGACGCCUCCUCACUGGAAGGAGGAGAUGCAGCGGCUACGAACCUACAGACCCCCGAGUGGGGAGAAGUGGAGCAAAGGCGAUAAGUUGAGUGACCCCUGUACAAGCAGAUGGGAUGACAGAAGUGCAUCCAGGAGAUCAAGGUCUUGGUCGCACAACGGUUAUUGUGAUCCAAGUACUGUGAGAUACUCUGGCCAUCACAAGAAACACAGGAAAGAAAAGAAGAAGGUGAAGCAUAAAAAGAAAUCUAAAAAGCAGAAGCAUUUCAAGAAGCACAAACAAGUGAAAAAGAAGAAAACGUCAGCCUCAUCAGACGUAGAAUCCUCUCACUCCUUCCUCAGGAGGACAAAAUCAUCUUGUGACCGUGAGAGGAAAUCUCGGUCCUCAUCGUCAUCUUCUAGACAUUCAUCCAGAAGAGAAUGGUCUAAGUCUGACAAGGAAGACCAGAGCUCAUCGACUUUAUCAAGCAGAGGGUCUCGAUCACACUACAGGUCCAGGUCUAGGUCUAAAUCCAGGUCUUACUCCCGAAGAAGCUCUAGAUCAAGGUCAGCCUCUAAAUCGUCACAUUCACGAAGCAGGUCGAGGUCAAGCUCUAACCCCAGGCAUCAAAAGACGGUUUCCAGUUCCCCACGAAAUAUUUCCACCCGAUUAAAUGAGAACAAGUUGGCCAAGCCCGCAGAGCCUGUGAGGGCAGUGAUGCUCCCCACUGAUAAAAUUGUUGUAGCCCCAGUCGUCCCAGAAAACCUCCCCGUUAUACCCUUAAGCGACAGUCCACCGCCUUCGAGGUGGAAACCUGGGCAGAAGCCCUGGAAGCCGUCUUAUGAACGGAUUCAGGAGAUGAAAGCUAAAACGACUCAUCUAAUACCCACCCAAACUAAUUACAGCUUGGUAGUCGUUAAAGAAGCCAACACUUCCUCCUCCUAUCGAAAGCGCCGGAGGAGCUCGGACAGCGACAGGAGCGGUUAUUCCAAGUCUCGCAGCGACAGGAGCUCAGAGAGUUGGCUGAGGUCCAGGAGCAGGUCCUCUCGAAGCAGGUCAUACUCAAGAUCUUACACGAGGUCCAGGAGUAGCUCGAGGACAAAGUCUCGUUCUUCUGGCAGGUCACCAUCAGCGAGCAAAUACCGCAGUGACAGGUCAGCUUACAGCGAGUCGACGUCCUACUAUUCCGUCAGUGACGACGACAAACACGGCAGCAAAAGGAAAUCCACGUCGAGUGAUCCCAAAGCUCGAUCCCUUCAGCUGAGGCAAGAAACCAGCUCUGAAAGCACAGUCCCUUACAAGUGUGCAAAGGACUGUGACGAGUCGUCUCGAGGGUUGAAAGAGAGUGACAGCUUGUCAUCCUCAGACUUCUCUACCGACAGCGAGCGUUCAGCCAAGGUGAAAGCAGCCCAAGACAAAGAGGGCCGCUUAGGAGGAGAUACUCAGAAACUGGAUAAAAACAGCUUAAGUUCUGAGAGAGGGGAGGAGAAAUCCAAGUGUGAGCGGGAUCCUGAUCAUACCAAGAAGAAAGCAGCUAAGGAGAAGUCUUCUGAGCAACCUAGAGGUGGUGCAAAAACGAAACGCAAGUCCUACGCUGGCAGUAAAUGGGACUCUGAGUCCAACUCUGAAAGAGGAGAGGCAAGGCGGCGGCGGGGAGAUUCCAGACCCUCCUCUGACAAAGAAGAAGGAGAGGCCACAUCAGGAUCUGACACAGAGCUUAGUGUUACCAAAAGGAUGAAAAAGCCAUCCAAUUCCUCGGAAGGCUUUCUGGGUUCUGAUUGUACGUGGAAGACAAGCAAGCAGCCGCUGUCUUCCGAGUCGGAGAGUUCCUGUUCCAGCUCGACAAACGUUAGAGGGAAGUCAAAGAAACACAGACACGGGUCAAAAAAGCCUCCUAAGAAAUCACAUUCCAAAAAGGCCAAAGAAAAAUCCAAAGGGAAAAAGGAGAAGAAACACAAAGUUCAGAAGAGAAAAGAAACGUUUCAUUGGCAGCCCCCCCUGGAGUUUGGUGAGGAAGAUGAUGAUGAAAUAAACGAGAAGCCGGUGGCCAAGGAUGAUAAAGAAAAGCAGCUUGACAGGGACAGCAAAGAUAAACCCCAAACGUGUGAGAAGAAUGAAAUGGUUGAAAUAGUCAAAGAUAAGAUGGGAAACGGUGCCAGGUCUUGUGCAGGUGAAAACCUUUUAGGUAAAAGCAGUGUGUGUGAUGCCUCACCGGAGCACAGUUCCCUUCAUAAGGACGGCACCAAAACGAACGUGUUGAACUCGGGAGUAAAUGUGACUACUUGCAAGAAUGAGGUGAAACAAGCUGAAGAGAGUAACCAGAAUGGGUUGGAAGAUGUCAUUCAGACAGAUGACAGCAUGGAGAUUUGUACUCCAGAGCGUAACUCGCCAGGGAAGGUUGAUGUUGUGGACAUUUUGUCUCCUGUCAUUCUCGCUGCUAAACCUCUAAGUGCUGCGAUAAACAAAGAUUUACAGGUUGAGACCCCUGAGGAAGAUGCUGUCAAAGUAGGAAACAGUGUUAUAGACUUUGCUAAUAUUAAAGAAGAAAAAGAAACAGGAAGGCAAGAAAAUAACUCUGUCCCUGCUUCUAGUGCUAAAGACUGUAGCUUAAAAAGUGAAGUUACUGAAAAUGCACAGAGCAACGUGGCAGAUAAUAAAUGGAAACCUCUGCAAGGGGUUGGUAACGUACAACCAGCAGCAGUUGGUACUGCCACAGAAGUCAAGAACGUAGCUUCUGCACCAGAGCCUAAAGCAGCAGGGUUAAGGAUUGAGAUAAAAGCUAAGAACAAAGUAAGGCCUGGGUCUCUGUUUGAUGAAGUUAGAAAAACAGCCCGGCUGAAUCGAAGGCCGAGGAACCAAGAGAGUUCCAGCGAGGAAGAAUCUCCAAGCAGAGAUGACAACAGCCCAUCCAGGAGCCUGAGUAGGUCACGAAGUAAAUCUGAGUCUAAAUCCAGACACAGAACAAGGUCUGUAUCUUACAGUCACUCCAGAAGUCGAUCCCGCAGUUCCACGUACUCCUAUAGGUCAAGAAGCUACACAAGAAGCCGAAGCAGAGGAUGGUACAGCAGAGAUCGCUCCAGAAGUCGAAGUAGUUCUUACCACAGUUACAAGAGUCGUAGUCGAUCCUACAGUAGAAGUAGAUCCAGAAGCAGCUCUUAUGGUCAUCACAGUCGAUCCAGCAGGUCAUACACAUAUGACAGUUACUACAGCAGGAGCCGGAGCAGGAGCAAAAGGAGCGACAGCUACCGAAGGUCGAGGAGCUAUGACAGGAGAUCCAGAUCUUACGGCUCGGACAGCGAAAGCGAUCGCAGCUACUCCAACAACCGCAGCCCCAGCGAAAGCAGCAGAUACAGCUGAAAACGUUGCUCUGGGGAUGGAAACUCUAUCUAAUCAUCUCUUUUUUUUUUUCCCAGUAUUAUGUUUAAAGAAAAAAAAGAAACCAAACCUGUUUUGACAGUAUCACUGGGGAGGCUGGAGGGUGUUUACUGAGUUAGCUGAAACCUCACCAACGAACUCAGCCGACCGUGCGCUUCCCGAGUACUGAGCUCAGCGACUCACUUGGGGGGGUUUUCAAGUUUUAUGUCAAAUGCUGCUUUUACAGAACAAGAAGAGUCAAAAAGGAAACCAAAACCAACCAAAUCUAAACCCAAAGCAGUUUGAUUUCCUUCAGUUGGGUUUCCCAAAGCCAUGACGCGCUGCCACCGCUUUUCUGGGUGCGGCAAUGAGUGCAACCAGAAACACCUUGGGGCUUUCUGCCUGUUGCUAUUAAAUAACAUGCUAGAAACUCUGAAACUGUGAAGAAAUCUUCUUAUGAAGGCUGCCAUUUCUAGUUUAUUGAAGUGCUGCUCUUUCUCUUUACUGCUGGGAGAUGGGUUCCGUGCUGUCUUGUCGAUUGCAUUGGGUGUGGUCUAUCCUCAACAGCUAGGCAGUGAAAACAAAAGUCUUGCCACUCUGUCUUAAUCCUCACAGAUUCUGCUACUGAAUCCUGCUGGAGGAGGUGGUGGUACACGAGGGGAAUUGUCAAACUGACAAGCAGCAAGGGAAAAGUGUGGUGAAUGAGGUUUGAGCUCAAUAUCCAACUUGUGUAAACUUCGAUGUUUCACGGUGAUAAACAGCAACGUUCCUAAAAGAGCCUGAGAAGCAAAGGAAGUGUUUCCAAACACUGUGUGGGUUUUGUUUGAGUUUGUGUUACAGAGCUUGGCAUCCUUCAACACAUUUUGAAGCUGAAUGCUGUAAACUGUUGGGUGUAAUCAUGAGUUUGUCCCAAACACUUCUUUAAAAGCGCAGGUGACGGUGAUUAUUUGGUUGGUUUGAGAAAACAAACCAUAAUGGUUGCUUUGCAAACCCUCUGGAGGUGUGUAUCCCACUCUAGGGACUAUCUUGACACUGCAGGUAGUGAGCUGGAUGUUGUUGAAGUGCUGUUGGCUAGAAGAGCACUGGUAUGCGUGGACAAUGCUUUCAAAGUGAGGUCUAAUACCAGAAGUGACUCCUUGUUACAGGUACCUGCUUUGCAGAAACCACAGGCUUAAGCUGAAGAGCAUCUGAGGAAUUUUUGCAGUAUUCUGGUGAAGCCCAAGGAAUUUGCCAAGUUUUUCAGUGAGAAAGUUGUCUCCUAAGAGACAAGAGUUUUCAAUGGCAUAAUGUAACCUGAAUGAUGGGGUCUGUAGUGGAUAAACCAGAGCAACCCAGCUUUGUUGGAGCUGCUGAGUACUGUUGUGUGAUCAGAGUUUGCAUGACUGGCUGGCUGUAAUAGCUGGAGAUGCUUUUGUUUUUCCCAAGUGUUUUAAAACAUUGAGGAAGAUCUCAUCAGGACCCAGCAGCUUUGAAAAUGAGAAGCUGUCACAUCUUCCAGGGUAGAGCUCCGUUCAUACUCUCUCUGAUUGAAUUAAGCUGUUGGUUCACCUCUGAAACACAAAGAGGCAGCUCCAGGUGAAGCUUAAAGACUGUAAUCAUAGAAUGGUAGGGGUGGGAAGGGACCUUCAGAGAUCAUCUAGUCCAGCCCCCCUGUAAUGAUGCCUUCCAUGUCUGUCCAUGGACAGCCAAGACAGGUUCCUAAACCUGGAUUUGUCACACAACACUUUCCAGAAGAAGCCAAGGAUCUGGAUUCACACUCUUCCUCCUCUUGUAGUAAAAUGAACAAGUGUGUGCACGAAAUCCUUUUCCAAUCAGUGUUCUGUAAGCUGCUGCUUUUAAACAUGAAGUACCUUUGUUACUCCCCUCAUACAUUUACAGACCCAUUUCUAACAGGAGCAGCCCUUUCAGGGUACCUGAUCAAAGAUUUCAUCCCUAACUCAAGGUAACGUUUGUUGCAGUUUAAAUGUAACUUGGUUUGGGUUUUUUUUCUCCUCCUCCUGACAACACAGAACUAGUGGGCUAGUGCUGUAACAACAUACAAACACAACCCUCACCAUUCAGCACCUUGGGGAGGAAAUACUGUCCCAGGUUCAGACUUUGUCAUAUUUCAGACCCAAAUUGGCUCUCUAAAGCCAGGAAAAAGACCACACAAAUAGUCAGACAAUUCAUUGCAGUUGCCCAGAAUUACUGCACUGCCACAUAUCUAUUUCAUAUCUUGAGUUCAAGCUUUACAAACAAUUCCAUCUGGUAGGUGACUGGGGAGGGAUGUGAGGGAAGGUUGGGGGGGGGUAAUUUUUAUUUAGUGGAUUCUGUUCAGCUGUGCUUCAGAUAGAAAACAUCCCCCUGAGCUGGUUUUCUAAUGGCACUCUAUGGUUUUUUGCAGUUU